AUGAAAGUGCUAAAGGGGUAUGUUCAGAAUCGUACUCGUCCCGAAGGUUGCAUUGCUGAGCGGUAUAUAGCUGAAGAAGCUGUAGAGUUUUGUACCGAGCAUUUAUCUGAUGUUAGUACAGUUGGAGUGCCUUCAAGCCAAAAGAUGGGAGUUUCAAAGCCAUUAUCAGGUUGCACAGUGAGCGUAGUUGAUCGGGACCUGUUGAACCAAGCACAUCUAUAUGUCUUGGAGAAUACGGAGGAAGUCCUACCUUAUAUCCAGCAACAUAUGAUCCACAUCCAGACCGCUUAUCCAAAAUUUAGAAAGAGAACAAAGUGGCUGCAGGAUAAGCACAAUAGCACUUUCAUUCAAUGGCUACGUUUCAAGGUUCAAAGUGAACUUAAUGAGGACAAUCAUGGCGUAUCAGAAAAUUUAAGGUGGCUAGCAGUGCCAUUAUAUAGGAGCUAUCUCAUUAAAGGUAUUAAAUUCAACAUCAAGGCACAAGAUGAUGUGCAGACAACUCAAAAUAGUGGAGUUUAUUUACUUGCACAUACUAUGCAAGUUGCUAGUGCCAAGAAUAAAAACCCAAUUCUCUCAAAUAUGGGUUUCUAUGGUGUCAUUCAAGAAAUUUGGGACCUUGACUACCAAAAGUUUACAAUCCCAGUCUUUAGGUGUGAUUGGAUUGAUAAUAUUUCUGGUCUUGUAGUGGACGAACUUGGAUUUACCCUUGUAGAUUUGAGUAAAAUUGGACAUAGGAAUGACCAAUUUGUUUUGGCUUCUCAAGUCAAACAAGUAUUUUUUGUUGACGACCCGAUGCAUCGUGGUUGGUCGGUAGUGUUAUCAAUGCCUAAUAGAGAAUAUAAUGAUGUUAUUGGUGAUGAUGUCUUAGGUGAUGUGAGAAUUGAGUGUGAGCCAUUUACUAGGGGAAUGCCAAAUGUUGACACAUUUGAUGAAGUGGUGGUUGAGUUAGGGAGUCAAAAUAUUCGAGAUGGGUGUGAAGAUAUAUGGGUUGAAUGA